AUGUCUGCUAAAGGAAAAGAUAAUACUAAUACCGCUGAUGUUAGAGAUGACAGAGUCGUAACCAACUCACUUGGUAAUCCGCUCAAUGAGCCAUAUGCCACUCAACGUAUAGGACAACAUGGUCCUCUUCUGCUCCAGGACUAUAAUUUGCUAGAUAACCUGGCUCAUUUCAACAGAGAAAGGGUGCCAGAAAGAAACCCCCACGCUCAUGGUUCAGGUGCUUUCGGUUAUUUUGAGGUCACCGAUGAUAUAACUGAUAUUUGUGGCUCCGCCAUGUUUGAUACAAUUGGUAAAAGAACAAGAUGUCUUACUAGAUUCUCCACUGUCGGUGGUGAAAAGGGUUCUGCUGAUACUGUAAGAGAUCCAAGAGGUUUCGCUACCAAAUUUUACACCGAGGAAGGUAAUCUUGACUGGGUCUACAAUAAUACACCAAUUUUCUUCAUUAGAGAUCCUUCUAAAUUUCCAACUUUCAUUCAUACACAAAAAAGAAAUCCUCAAACUAAUAUGAAGGAUGCAAAUAUGUUCUGGGAUUUCUUAACUACACCAGAAAAUCAAGUCGCUGUUCAUCAAGUUAUGAUUUUAUUUUCUGAUCGUGGAACGCCAGCAAGUUAUAGAACUAUGAAUGGUUAUUCUGGUCACACUUAUAAAUGGUCGAACAAGAAGGGUGACUGGCAUUACGUUCAAGUGCAUAUACUCAGUGAUCAAGGUAUCAAAAACUUGACUAUAGAAGAAGCCACGAGAAUUGCCGGUGAAAAUCCUGAUUACUGUCAACAAGAUCUUUUUACGUCGAUUGAGAAGGGUAAGUUUCCAUCUUGGACUGUCUACAUUCAAACAAUGACAGAGGAACAAGCUCAAAAAUUCCCGUUUUCUGUGUUUGAUUUGACGAAAAUCUGGCCUCAUAAAGAUUACCCAUUAAGACGUGUUGGUAAGUUGGUAUUGAAUGAGAAUCCAAAGAACUUCUUCGCACAGGUAGAACAAGCAGCCUUUGCUCCAAGUAAUACUGUUCCAUACCAGGAAGCAAGUGCGGACCCUGUCUUACAGUCAAGAUUAUUCGCUUACGCGGAUGCCCACCGUUAUAGAAUUGGUCCAAACUAUGCUCAACUCCCUGUGAAUUGUCCAUAUGCUUCCAAGUUCUUCAACCCUGUCAUUAGAGAUGGUCCGAUGAACAUUGAUGGUAAUUUUGGUUCCGAACCAAACUACUAUGCUACUAAUACCAACUACCAAUUUAUUCAACAAGAUAGACCAAUUCAGGAACACCAGGAAGUCUGGCAUGGUCCUGCAAUUCCAUACCAUUGGAAGACAGAUGCGGGAGACAUUGAUUUCGUUCAAGCAACCGAUUUGUACAGAAAGGUCUUGUCAAAGCAAGAGGGCGCCCAAGAGAGACAGGCUCAUAACAUUGGAAUUCAUGCGGCUGCUGCUUCUCCUGAAAUUCAAGAGCGUGUCAUCCAAAUGUUCACUAGAGUUGAUAAAGAAUUAGGUGAUAAUGUCAGAAAGGUUAUCAAUGCUAAGAAUGCUGAAGAAAAUGCAAAAUUAUAA